AUGUGGAGAAGCAGGUGUAUCGCAUCGGCCAGAUACGCUGGCGUGACUACGACUGAAGCAAUCCGGUGUCGUCCUCCGACCUAUCGACCCCUCUUCCCCUCCAUCUACUCCUCGUUCUUCUCCAUUUCUCCCUCCGGAUCUCCCGGCCAUUCCACCUCCUUCGAGAAUUACUCGCGACCUCGUCCUUCUGGCAUAUCUUCUUUUCGAUCCCUUAAGCUUCAUCUACCAAUUUCACGCGUACGAUACUGUUCCGCUGAAGCUCACGCAAUGGCGGCAAAGGAUAGAGAGAUCCUUCCCGAUGUGGCCAAACCCCUUCAUUAUCACGUCUCUCUGUAUGACCUGCAGCUUGGUGGUUCAUGGGGUUACAACGGCACUGUGAAGGUUGAUGCGAGAAUUACCCGCCCGACUCAAGAGAUCGUCCUCAAUUCGAAGGAUAUUGAAGUCCAGAAUGUAGAGAUUUUGACACAUAAUGGCGACAAGUUGGCAAAGGCGUCCGAGAUAACGUACAACAAGAAGUCAGAACGAGUGUCAUUCAAAUUCCCGCAAGAAGUCACUCCCUCCGAUAUUGUCCUGUCCAUUAACUUUAAGGGUACCAUGAACAAUGCUAUGGCAGGGUUUUACCGUUCCAAGUACAAGCCUGUAGCAGAGACUGCUACAGACACUCCAAAGGAGGGAGACUUCUACUACAUGUUAAGCACACAAUUUGAAUCGUGUGAUGCGCGGAGAGCUAUUCCCUGCUUUGACGAGCCGAGCUUGAAGGCAACAUUUGACUUCGAGAUCGAGGUGCCCAAAGGACAAACUGCACUGAGCAACAUGCCUGUUAAGUCAGAGAGGGUUGGAAGCAAUCCUGGGCUCAAAUUCGUCACAUUUGAGAGGACUCCAGUGAUGAGCACUUACCUUCUUGCAUGGGCAGUCGGUGAUUUUGACUAUGUCGAAGCAAUGACGCAGCGCAAAUACAAGGGCAAGAGUAUUCCCGUCCGUGUAUAUACCACGAAAGGCCUCAAAGAACAAGCUCGCUUCGCCUUGGAAUGCGCUCAUCGUACAGUUGACUAUUUCUCAGAAGUCUUUGAAGUCGAGUACCCCCUACCCAAGGCAGACCUUCUUGCUGUCCACGAAUUUGCUAUGGGCGCCAUGGAAAAUUGGGGUCUCAUCACAUACCGCACGACUGCCGUAUUAUUCGAUGAGGGCAAAUCUGACACCCGGUAUAAGAAUCGCAUUGCAUACGUUGUCGCGCACGAACUGGCCCAUCAAUGGUUUGGCAACCUGGUGACUAUGGACUGGUGGAAUGAGCUCUGGCUCAAUGAGGGCUUCGCCACCUGGGUUGGCUGGCUUGCUGUCGACCACUUCUACCCUGAGUGGAACAUAUGGUCCCAGUUUGUCGCUGAAGGUGUUCAACAAGCGUUCCAACUAGACUCCUUGCGCGCAUCUCAUCCUAUCGAGGUACCCGUUAAAAACGCUCUUGAAGUCGACCAGAUUUUCGAUCAUAUCAGUUACUUGAAGGGAAGUUCGGUGAUUCGAAUGCUCAGCGAACAUCUUGGUCGCGAGACCUUCCUACGCGGAGUGGCCGACUAUCUCAGAACCCAUGCCUAUGGAAACGCCACCACAAAUGACCUUUGGUCCGCUCUUAGUAACGCCUCGAAGCAAGAUGUCAACAGCUUCAUGGUGAGUGAGAACCAGACAGAGAUCCUUUCGAGCUUUCAACUCAUAUUCCCAAAGGACCCUUGGAUCCGAAAAAUCGGUUUCCCUGUUGUUACUGUGGCCGAAGAACAGGGACAAGUUAGCAUCCGCCAGAACCGAUUCCUGUCAACGGGUGAUGUGAAGCCCGAGGAGGAUGAAACAACCUGGUGGAUUCCCCUGGGCAUCAAGUCAGAUCCAAGCUCCACAGACGUCGACUCUCGUGCCCUGAACUCAAGAGUUGACACCGUCGAGGGAAUCAAUCGAGACUCUUUUUACAAGAUUAACAAAAACCUUUCAGGAUUCUAUCGAACAAAUUACCCAGCCGAUCGCCUGGCAAAACUUGGGAAGUCUCUUGAUCUACUGAGUACCGAAGACAAAAUCGGCUUGAUUGGUGAUGCUGCUGCCCUGGCCGUGUCUGGGGAAGGCACUACUGCUGCGCUGUUGGCAUUGUUGAACGGCUUCAAAGGGGAGCAAAACUAUCUUGUCUGGUCUCAAAUAUCCUCGUCCCUCUCAAAUUUACGCUCCGUAUUCUCUCAGAAUGAAGACGCAGCGUCGGGCCUAAAGAAAUUUGCUCUUGAAGUGACCACUCCCGCUGCUGAAAAAAUUGGCUGGGAUUUCAAACCUGAUGAGGAUUACCUCACUGUGCAGCUCCGGAAGCUCCUGAUCACAGUAGCCGGCCUUGCGGGCCAUGAAGGCAUCGUUGCCGAGGCUAAACGUCGCUUCGAACUCUGGGCCACGGGGCAAGAUAAAACUGCUGUGCACACUAAUUUGCGAUCGGCGAUCUUUGGAAUUGCGAUCUCGGAAGGUGGUCGCAAGGAAUAUGAUGCCGUCAAGGAUGAAUAUCUUAAGACGGACUCUGUUGACGGCAAAGAGAUUUGUCUGGCAGCGCUUGGGCGUAUUAAAACUGCUGACCUCGUGAAUGAUUACUUAGACUUUGUCUUUUCGGACAAGGUAGCUAUCCAAGAUGUCCACAAUGGUGCUGUCUCUCUGGCCGCGAAUUCCAAAGUCCGACAUCUCCUAUGGGAGUAUAUGAAGAACAACUGGAGUAUCGUCGAGGCCCGACUGUCCGCAAACAAUGUGGUCUUUGAGCGGUUUGUGCGAAUGGGCCUUUCCAAAUUCGCGGACCACCAGGUUGGAGCAGAUAUCACCUCAUUCUUCCAAAACAAGGAUACCAGUGCCUACAAUCGCGCACUCGUCAUUGUUUCUGACAGCAUUCGAACCAACGCUUCUUACAAGGAAAGGGAUGAGAAAGCUGUUUUGGAAUGGCUCCAGGCUCAUUGA